AUGCAAAAACGAUCCUCCUCCAGUCUAUCAUUGGAACUUCUAGCCAUUGGUACCUCCGUGAUGUCGCCGUGCAGACCACUCGGUUAUAUCGGCGCCCUCGCCAUCCUUUACGUCCUCUUGAAGCUCUCGGCAACAAUAUACGUUUUUAUCCGUCCCUCCCGCCUCUCCAAAUAUCUUCGCAAGGAUGUAGAUACCUACGCUCUCAUAACUGGAGCUACGGAUGGGAUUGGGCUGGGAUUUGCCCGCGAGCUCUGCAGGCAGGGUUUUGGCGUCAUCUUGCACGGCAGGUGUCAACAUAAGCUCCAACGAACGCGGGACAUACUGAAAGAUGAAUAUCCGGACGCCCAGAUUCGCACAUUCAUUUGCGAUGCAGCCCUUCUGAACCCUCCGGAGGUCUUUGAUAGCCUCGCACGCGAACUACAAGACGUGAACCUGACUGUUCUGAUCAAUAAUGUCGGUGGUCAAGCUGGCUCCGUUCAGGGCCCAUACAAAAGCUAUCUGGAUUACACCCACGAGCAAAUCGAUCGCGUGAUAAGCGUCAAUACGCGAUUCAUGACCCAGCUUACUCGUGUGCUGCUACCGCUACUUGAUCGAAAUGGACCCAGUUUAAUUCUUAACAUGAGUUCAUUCGCUGCUAGAGGAACUCCCUACGUUGCUGUCUACAGCGCCACUAAGGGAUACGUAAAGACUUUCUCCGCUGCAUUAGCAAUGGAAAUGAGGAUGCAGAAGAAGAAAAUCGAUGUUGUGGCUCUCAAUGUUGCUGAGGUUCAGAGUGGUAGCCACACGGUCCCAACAAGUUUAUUUAUCCCUACUGGAAGGCAAUUCGCGCGAUCUGCUCUGAAGAAUGUGGGCUACGGGAGCGAAACAGUGGAAGGUUAUUGGCCGCAUGCAGUUCAGGGUGUAUUUGUUGAUAUGAUUCCUGAAUGGAUGAGACAGAUAACUGUGAUGCAGGCUGUGAGGUCAAGAAUCGCUGCGCUCCCCGGAAUAUCGAAAAAUGUUAAGUAA